AAUCAGUUUAAAAAUGUUGUUUUAAUGGAUAAACAAGAUAGCUAAAAGCUCUUAAUUCAUUUUGAUAUUAGUUUGAUUUAAUUAAAGAUUGUUUUUGACAUUUCAAAAACAUAAAGCAUCCAAACACUUUGAGAAACAUAACCCCAUCAAGCCUGUUAAUUCUAAAUAGCCAACAUCUUUAUAUUCUCUAAUCCACUGUUCUCUGUGCGUCUCAGUUACUUUCAAGUUGGAAGAUAUUUACCUAUUAUGGGAAACGAACAAGACGAGGAGUUGAAGAAGGCCCAGGUAGUGGAUGCUCGAGCAAGGAAUAUUAGCCACAAUGUUAGGUGCACUGAAUGCGGGAGUCAGUCCAUUGAAGAUUCUCAGGCAGAUAUCGCCAUUCUCCUUAGGAAGUUGAUCCGUGAUGAGAUUCAGGCUGGGAAAAGUGACAAAGAUAUCUACAAAAAGCUCGAGGAUGAUUUUGGGGAGACAGUACUUUAUGCUCCAAAAUUUGAUAUGCAGACUGCAGCCUUGUGGCUUUCACCGCUUCUAGUUGCAGGUGUUGCUGGAGGAUUUUGGGCGUACAAGAAACACAGGCAAAAUACUAAUGUUCACAUCAUGGCUCUGGACUUAAUUAGAGGUGCUCCAUUGACCCCUAAGGAGAAGGAGACCAUGCUGGAUAUUCUUACGCCUCCUCCCCCAGGAGGAUCUACUCCAUCCUGGUGGAGAAGUUGGACUGGUCGAUAAUGAGUGUUUUUCCCCUUGAUUGUUUGCAUUUGCACUUGGCUCUGCUCUGAUGGGUAGUACCCUGGUAAGUAUGGAAGGGAUGUUGAUCAACUUGUUGAAAGGGGGUUGCCCAUGGUAAUGAGAAAGAAGUAUGAUUGUCUCCCUGAUUUUCUGUUGUAACUCCAGAAUUCAAAUUCACAAGUCUUCACGUUAGCAUGCCUACUGAUGUCUUAUUAUUCAAUUUCUUCUGUUGGAAUAUAUAUAUUUUUAUCCAUAUCAUACUAAAACUGAUCCUUUAUUUGAAAGCUAUGAAUACCAAAUUCAACAUGUUUGAAUCAAA